AUGGCUAGUGAAUGGAGAAGAUCAAUGGGGAACGUGAGGUCAUUUGUCGGAAACUCAAUGGGUGGUCUUAGAGGAGGUCAGAAUCUCGCUUCUUGGCUCGUCGCGGGAACAAUCGCUUACUAUCUUUGGGUUAAACCAGCUCAGGAUCUCAAAAAGGAACAACAGGCUAGGGCACUUCUCGCGGUGGCUGAUGCGAAUGAAUACGUGGAGAAGAGGAAACCAAUCGCUGAUCCUCAGGUUACUGGUUUGAUAUAUGGAAACAAGAACAGAACCGGUAGGGCGCAGGAUUAACUUAUAUAUGUGUCUGAACAUCUUUGGUGACUGGGGCAAUUAUGUUAGGGAAGUAUGUCUUGUUCCUUAGCUCCACUGCAAAUGGAAACCUUAUCUUCCUGGAACUCUUCCUGGAGUAAUAUGAUCUUGUUUAUUGGACGUCACUGUGC